CAUAGCGGGGUUCCUGCACCGAGAAGAUCCCUGGCGCAAAGAGGAAGCUGGGACUGAUUGACUGUCCCAUACUACCUACCGGUAAUUAGAUACCGACCUAAGCACGACACGGACAGCAUCUGAGGGGAUGCAACGUGAUUCAUUCAACCAACCACACGCUUUCCUCUCCCAUUGUCUCGCCGUUUCGCCGUUCCAUCGCCUUUCCGUCCAAGUCACCUCCUUUGUUCUCCUUCGCCCUCUAUCGUCUAUGGCUGGUCUCUAGCUCUCUGCGCUAUCACUCUUCUCGCAUGCACUCAGACUCUCGGAGCUUUCCCUCCCCUUGUCUCCCGUCCACAACGUCGGCACAUCAUGAAGCUGCUUUCCGUGGCCUGGGGCGGUCUGCUAACCCUUUUGCAGUCCGCCACCAUGGCUUCCGCCAACGACUCUAGCCAGGAGUCGGGAGCCGGUCUCAAAUGCGUCAUGUACCUAACUGGACAGCACCCCGACGUCCCCUCCAAGGAGCUCGUGGCUCAUAUCACCCAUGUAGAGCUGGCCUUUAUGAACUCGGACAUCUUCAAUCAGGACGUCUCCGAGUGGCCCCUCUUCACCACCGUUGACAAGGUCCGCACCCAGUUCAUGCCCGGCACCAAGGUCAUGGUUGCCAUCGGCGGCUGGGGUGAUACCAAGGGCUUCGAUACGGCCGCCCGCACCCCGGAGUCGCGCCAGAAGUGGGCCCAAAAUGUCGCCGAUAUGGUCAGGGCUACCGGCGCUGACGGUAUCGAUAUGGACUGGGAGUACCCUGGUGGCAACGGCGAGGAUUAUAAGAUUGUUACCAACGAAGAAAAGAAGUGGGAGAUUGACGCCUACCCCCUGCUGCUGGAGGAGGUCCGCAAGCAGCUCCCUGACGGCAAGCUUAUCUCCGCCGCGACGCCAGGGCUUGAGCGAGACAUGAUUGCCUUUACCAACGAGACGGUCCCCCGCAUCAUGCGCAGCCUUGACUUCGUCAAUGUUAUGACAUAUGACAUGAUGAACCGCCGAGACACCGUCGCGAAGCAUCACACGGGCUUGGAGUUAUCAAGAAUAGCCGUCAACAACUACAUGGCCAGGGGCGUUCCGGCCGACAAGAUUAACCUUGGCUUUGCCUUCUACACCAAGUGGUUUAACACGACUGAUUGUCCGGAAGGACAAGAGCUUGGGUGCCCCAUGCCACUGAUGGAGGAUCCUGUAACCGGCGGAGAUCUGGGCCAGACAGGCGGCUUCAGCUGGAACGACACCAUUCCGGACUACGUAAAAGCCUCGUUCAACAGAUCCCAAAACGAGGGUCGGUAUGACGAGAAGGGCGGUGGCUACUACUACCUUGAUAGGGCCGAGAAACGAUUUUGGACAUACGACACCCCCGAUGCCAUACUUCGCAAGUUUCCCGCCCUCGUUGAUGAUCAGAGCCUCGGCGGAGUUUUUGCCUGGGGCCUGGGCGAAGACGGUCCCGACUUCAACAACCUCAAGGCCGUCAAUAAAGCGUUGGCAGAGCGCAAGAACAGGGGAGGAGCAGGAGGAGAUUAUGAUUCUGGCCGUCAUGAGACUGAUGAGCUUGUCAAGCGUGCACCGUUACAUGUGGAUUGAAGCGAGAGGGAUGAGUCGACGAGUUGACAAAAAAAGAAAUGGGGGAUAUGGACUCGUCAUGGCCUAGGAAACUGAAAGGGAUGUCGCGGAUAUAUUUAUUCAAGCUCAGGUUGAUGUUCACGCUGUGUCUUUGGUUGUUCCCGUCCCCUUGGCGAGCGGCUUCUGGAAACCAGGUCGAGGGUGCCCUUACCAUGACUUGGCAUGUCGUGUCGCGAGCUGGAGUAUGUGUCGGCUCAGAUAUUGAUAGAUUGGCCAUGUGGUGCCGAGGCGGAAGAUGACAGAUAUGGGUAGCCUGACUGCAACUAUUCAACAGCUUUUGAGACGCGUGACGCGUCCACGGACUUUUCUUUUCGUGCCUAGGUAGGCAGUCCCGCAAUUAACCAGGUACCUAGG